UGCAGUGAUGUGAAGCUGAGCUGCAUAUCAGGCUGGAAAGAGUGGCUCCCUUUUUUCAUGUGAUUGGGUGGGACUCCUUGGAGAUUUUAUGUAACAAUGGCUUGAAAAUAUAUGUCACAGGCAGUGCAGUGCAGAGCGUUCAUUAGUCAGUGAGGCACACACUCAUACAGACACACACAGAGGCGUGCACACACUCACUCUGUAGCUCCUGCAGAGAUCUGCCUGCUUUGGCAAUGCUGAGUCUGACUGAGAACGAUGCAGUUCUGCAGAAAGGUGCUCUGCCAGCCGUGUAGUGCCAGAGUCACUUCACCGGAGGAGGACAUGGAAUACAAGAUGGGGAGCUGCAUUGGAAUCGCACACAGCCAGUGUCUUUCAGCCAGCUGAUGUGAGAGGCUGUUGGUCUGGGCAGUUGUGGCCCUGCAGCUGGCUGAGCCAUGGGGAACGAGAGCAGCACCACUGAGGCGUUGCCAGAAGAGGGCGCUCCAGAAAAUGUUGUUCUGUUUCCACCACAGGAAAAUCAAAAUGACUCCCUACAGACUGAAGCUCACGCUGAGAGUUUGACCCAGAGGGACGACAGAGCCCUGCUGACUGAAUCCUCCACCAGCCACCGCAGUCUGCUGUCUGAACCAGUGUUCCCAGACGUCCCAGUCAUCACCGGAGUGGAGGAGAGCAGAGGUGCAGCAUCUGACCAGGAGGACAAGGAGGAGCUCGAGUUUCCUCAUGACUUGCUGCCUAGUUUAGAUUUCAGUAGUGAGCUCAACAUCUGGGAGUCCUCACUGGGAACUCAGACUAGCUCAGGUGAGCAGAAAUGUGAGCAGGUGAACCCUCUGCUGGCUGGUCUGCAGAAUCACAUGGAAGUCAGUCGACCACUGGUGGUUCUAGACAAAAGGCCUCAUGGCUGUGACCCAGAUAUCACAGAUGUCCAUCCUGCACCUCAGCAAGCUGCCACACCUUACCCUGGCAGCAGACCCCUGACCCCUUCCACAUCCGUGUUCUUAGACCGAGAACUCCAAGAGGCCUUUCAGGAAUGUGAAGAGCAAAUGGCGUCACUGGGCAUACUCACUCCCUCAGAGUCCCCCAGCACGAUGCCUGAGACGGUUAAUGAUGCUGGGAAGGCGACUGGGGAAGUGAUGGUUAAUGAAUCCAGUGAGUCAUCGUCACCGCCUCCAAUCGUAGUCCAGCCAGGACAUAGCAACGGGGCCCAUGGAAACAGGAAUACAGAUGGAAACAGUGAGGCAGCAAACAGUCUGAAGGAUACAGUUGUGUUUAGUUUUAGGAAUUACAUACUGGGCAGUGAGAGUAAUACUGGGGCAGCAGAGACGGAGAGUGAAAUUACAGCAACUCAGAGCCUGGAUAAAUGUUUAGAGAUUAAGACAGUAAAAGGAACAGAUAUAGAUGAACAGAAGGAAACACCUCCGCAUCUACAAUUAGAAAAAGCAGCAGAUUCAGUUGAAGACCCUCCAAAACAUGCUGUGUUCAGUGAGCAGAGGGACGAUUUAAAAGAGGAACAUGUUGAUUCUAAUGCAGUUACUGAGGAAAAAAGCAUCGUAGACUGUGAAAGAAUGAAAGGCAUGAACGUAAUGACAGAGACUGCAAACAUAACGAAAGAAAAUUAUAAUGAUGAGCCCAAUAUUGUUUAUGUAGUUGAAACAAAGACUGAUAAUUCGGCUAAAGAAGCAUCAGAGUCUAGCACUCAUUUAAGGGAUGAAGCUACAUUAUCAGAGUUGCAGCCAGAAGCACAGACAGGAACAGACAAGUGCAUUGAGGAGUCAAAAACAGAAAAACAGACGAGUUCAGCAAGUGGUAAACAGGCUGGGCAGAACAAAGAAGCAAAGAAAAGGAAAAACAGGAAAAAGAAAAAGAUGGAGAAGAGCACAGGGUUUGAACAGAAAGCAAAGACAGUAGUACAGUCUGAAAAUGAAGCACAGGAUGCUGUCAAUUGCACAGAUUCUCCUGAAAAUGUAAUAUCAGUAUCAGAGGCAGAUGUUCAGACUGUAAUUUGUGGGGAACAGACUGAUAAUAGGUUUGAUUACAAGCAGCAGCUGAGUCCUGAGGGAGAACUAUUAUCCAGCCCCCCACUAUCAUCCUCUCAUAGCCGGGAGGAUCAUCUUACUGCAUCAGCCUGUUCACCUGCUUCCACUGAGGCUCUUUCGCCGAGGCCCUAUCAGUCAGAUAACCACGACCAUAUGGAUAUCCGAAGUAGCAUGAAUCACAGCUCCAAUGACAACCCACAGAGGGAGCAACAAGUAACCGGAGGUGAAACCAGUAACCAAAAUACACCCAUGACACAUGUCCAAACUGCAGCUAUCAACCCAGCUGCCUCUAGUUAUAAGAGAUCAGAUGUACAAACACAGGCGGCUACAGUUACAGAAGCAAAAAUACUCACACAGGAGAAUCAAAACCCACUCUCCAACAGCCAAACGUGUGUGGGAGAGAGUUGCGUGGAGAGUGCCCUUGAAGUGGUGGUAACUGCGUUGCCACUGACAACACCCACAUUGCCAGAAGUGAUAGAAAGCAAGGGAGAGGGAGAAAGCGUGAGGAGUGAUUUACUGGGGAGAGUAGCUACUGUAGCAGUUGCAGAGAGUGAGGAAGGAGAAGGAGAAACAGCACUGAGAGGAACAGAAGAGUGCCUCGGCUCUGCAGACGGAGAGAGAGACAAUCUCGUGAACAGCUCUCCUCAGCUCUCACUAAUCUGUUCACAGGGAAAAUGCUCACUUGCAUUCUCAGCCAAAGAGGGACAGGCUGCAUCUGAUGAAAGCUGCAGCAGCAAAAUGCCACACAACUCGGCCGACACUGAAAUUAAGGGACAGAGGGAGACGACCAUUCGUAGUUCAGACACAGAGAUCUCGCCAGCUGAAGAGGGAGGCGCAGAAAAGGAGGUACCCCAGUUAGAAGCCUUCAUCAAUACCUCUCCCGUUGGGCUGCUCACUGGUUCUGACUGUCAGGAUCACAGUGCUGCGGGAUCGGCGAGAGUAGGAGAGAGAGGAGGAGGAGGCGAGGAGGUGGGAGAGAAAGGAGGGUUGGCUGGAGAGCACAGUUCAUUCAGCCAGCCAGAAGGCUCUGCUAGUGGGGUGUCAUCAGCCGAGACUGAAACGUGUCCGCCCACCGAUGUUGCCGAGUCACAGCUGAAGUCACAGAGCUGGAGUGAGCCGAUUGCUACCAUCACUGAGAGCAUCUGCACUGAACAGGAGCGUCUCUUUCACCCCUGCCAGGAGCAGCGUGGCGCAGCAAUUUCACCUCUCCCCUCUCACGUUGAACAGAGCUCCAGCAAUACUAAUGGAGGGGUAAGGUCUGAUCUCAAACAGAAUUUGAUUUUGGAAGAAGCACUGUCUUUGGGACUCACUUGUGAGGAGUCAUCCACCACAGAGACAAACUCCGGCCAAGUCUUCCUGUCUUUAGUCUCACCUCAGCCUUUGACUACUUCGCAGCAAAUCCCAGACAAGCAACAAGCAAGCAGCCAUCAACAGGUCCGGCCUAGUAGCACAACAGAAGUGACAGCAGCCCAAAGUGCAGCCACCUUCCAAGUCCAAGCCUGUACCCAGAGCAACAGUGGUAGCCCUGCUAUGUCUGGAGAGGGUGUGUAUUUAUGUGGCAGCAGUGGAGGUAACAACAGAGUUCACUUUGCCGACAAUGUGGAUCUCAUCAGCAUGUCAGUGUCGACUUUGGACUGCGCCUCUUUGCCUCCCCUGACUGUUCACGAGAGUUUGCACCAUCCUGUUGUUGAGGUCAGUUACACCUUCCCAGACUUUCUCUGCUCGAAGAAGCCAGAAAUCCCCACAAUACCAGCUCCUAUUAAGGAUGAAGCAGCAAUACAGAGGUCAGCUGACUUUCCAAAGCCACAGAAGCAUGUCCGGUUCGAGAAAGGAGAUGUGGAGACUAACGAUACCAAGGAGAACAUUACCGUAGCUCACUCAGGUAAUGACAACAUGGAGACAGACUCUGUAGAUUUACAGUCGAUAACUGAGACUUCCUUAAAACAGCUUGUAAUUCCUACUGAGAAGAAUCAGACUGCAGAUGAAGCAGGAAAAGCUGUUUCUGAAUCUGAUCAUCUAACAGUGGAGCAGGUGACAGUAAAGGUGACAAAGCAAGAAGAGGUGGAAGAAAAGAAAGGUGCAGUAUAUUUGUCAAAGGAAGGGGAGAUUAAGAAGUUACAAACUGAAUCUAAAGCCUCUAUUAAGACUGACCAGCCUUUAGCAAGUGAUGUUACUGUCUCUGAAGAAAAAGAAGUUAACGAGCAUCCUGUCUCCUCAAGUUUUGUGCUUCCAGCGGACGAUGUUACCUGCGAGCCAUUAGGUGAUGUCUCCACUGAACCCCCUGUCGAGCAGCUUCAUGCUGAUCUAAACUGUAGUUCAAAAUCUGACAAUGUGACCUUGACCUGUGCAGCCUCUCUUCAGAUGAACGCAAGUGAUCCCAGUUAUCAGACUCCCACCCAGUUAGUUGAAACACUUCCCAGUGGACUUGCUAGCACAGAUCUCAUAAAGGCUAGUGAUCGUCCUAAUUCCACAACUGACUCUGCUGAUCUGACAAAGGAUGAAUCAGUGACUUCAGAAGUGACAGCCUCUUACCAGUCGGGUCCUGUUGUUGGACAACGUGCCAGUAAUACUGCUUUUGUGCUGCAGCCUCCUGGCCCAAUGUUGAGUCACUUGGAGUUCAUUACUGACUGUGAUAUAUUUCUUCCUGAGCAGACAGAUGGUGAUGAUGACAGCAUCGACAUCUCCAGAGGGGUGGAUGGGAAUAAGAGCAGGCAAAUGACCCAAACGUCUUCAGCACAGGAUCCGGAGUACAGUGAUGUCAGUGUUAAUGCAGAUGAAAUUGAUUCAACUCUGGUGGAUAGAAACAAUGCUACAGAGUCUGCUGCUGAACUUGAGAAUCUUGGUACCAAUGAUGUAAAUAUUCAGUUUUCACAAGAGGAAAACCUGCCUCGUCCCACCGAACUUCCUAUUGCAGUUGGUGCACUGGCAAAGGGUGAAUCUGAUAAUAUAAUUUCUCUCACUCACACAGAGCCAGAAUCAAUUGAACCUGUUAUUUGUGCAGCAUCCAUUAGGGAUGACCUCAUAAAUGUCAGCUGCUCACUCGGCCCUGAUCUGCCUACCGAUGAGACUUAUGAUGAAAUUAAACAAGAUAAGAUGAAAGAAAUACAAAAAAUGCGAGAUCAGACCUCCGCUUUGUUUGAAGAGAAAAAGAAACAUGUUGAAGAAGCAACAGUGGACAAUCAAAAGGAAGCAGCGGACACCAGUGAGCUGCAGACAGGAAAGACAGGCACAACACCAACACAGAGUAAUGGACCAGAUAAAGAGGCUGUAGAGGAAAUUGGAACCCUGCAGCCACCACAUAAGCAUAAAGUACAAAAGACUGAGUCACCAUUAGGGGAUAUAAAGAAGGAAGAAGAAAGGAGGAGGGGUUUUGCAUCCAAAAGCAAGCCAGAAAGUUGUUCCUUAUCUCCCAGCAGAUCUUUAGGGUCAUCUGAGGACAUGCUACAUGCUGAGGUAGAAUCUAGUAGCGAACCUCAGACUGUUUAUGACCAGACUUUGUGCCAAACUCUAACAGCAACACUGGAAUGCAGCUCUUACGCCGACACUGCACCAGAUUUGUGUGCAGCUCUUGGCCAAUUACAAUCCGCACCAGAUCCAAACUGUUUUGCGCAGCAACAAGAGCAACAGCAACAGUGUCUGGGAUCCAGACAUCCCACAGAGGAACUGUCAGAUGUCUGUCCACAGGGGCGAGAAAUGAACCAACAUACAGGAGUAAAAGGUGCAGCAGAGGAAGGAGGCGACUCUGUUGGGAAUUUGCGUCAAUCAGGAAGCAAGGAUAAGUUGACAGGUGAUAAUGGCAGUGGCAAUGACGGCGUGAUAUUUCAAGGGAAAGACGAGGGACUGCAAGCUUCAGUAGUUGAUGGGGUACAUGUGCCGUCUCACCUUGCCAGUGAUUUAAAUGAGAGUGGAAGGAGUGCUGAGAGAAAUGCCUCAGCUGACACAGGAACAGCAAUAGAUUGCCCUCAUGUAGGUGAGACAAGACAGGGGAUAGAUGGGAAUAAAAGCCCCGGUUUAGGGGUAGGUGGGUCAGAUACAGAUUUAAUGCCAAACACUGAAUUUAUGAGUGAUCUGGAAGGAAAAGGUCAGCAAAAAAGCAAUCUAUCAGCUGCCUGUCAAGACCAAUAUAGAAAACCUGAGAUGUCAAAGAACUCUGCUGUAUCUGUUGAGCCGGCUUCACAGGAACAUGAGAUUUCACCUGUCCCCAUUUCUGUUUCAUCAAAGGUCAGCACAGAUAGCUAUGACAUUCAAACAGACAUUAUUGCAAGCUCAAACCAGACUGAAGGAAUUCCUACAAAGUUAUUCAGCACUCAGCCGGAUCCUGCUGGGCAACUGGAAACUGUGGAAAAGGAUUUCAGUGCUGCAACGACUGUGAAAAGCAACAGCAGUGAAACCGGGGAGUGUGAAAUUCAGGAUACAGUGUGCAAGCCUCUAGAGCGACAAGGCUCCAAUAAAACUUCAGCCACACAAAGCAGCUCAAUAGUACAAACACCCAUAAAAGGCCCCGAUGUAGAGGAGAUCACAAAAGAAGAUAAAGCUGCUUUGGAUGAAGAGAAAGUUAGCAGCCAGGACAAAGAACAAAGUGAGAUAAAAGUAGUAGACAAUGAAGCAAUAGAAAAGCAGGGGGUUGUAAACUUAACUGGGAGUGCUAAAGACAGUGGGUCAGAAUCAAUGAAAGUGUCAGGCUACUUUCAAAGUGAGGUGUCACACAGCAGCACAGAGAUUGUUCACUCAGAGGGGAGUGUUGGAUUUUCUAAGGCAGCAGAAAAUGACAGUAAUAUAAAAGAGAAAAUGACUGCUGAUAUCAUCAUAGCUCCAUCUGCUGUUUUGUCAAAGUGCCUGGAAGAUUUAGCAUCUGCCCCCCUUGUAGCCCCUACCCAGUCAGAAAAACCCAAUGAUCAAGUGUCAAAGCCCCAGGAUGAUAUUAUGGUAAACCCCACUGUUGCUGCUUCUCAGUAUGAAGAAAAGUCACUUGAAAAACAUCCUGCCUGCACUUCUCCUGUUGAACAAGUGUCAGAGAGUCCUGCUUCUGGACUAACAGCCCAGGAACCAGAGACAAACUGGAUAAAAGCACUAAAAGAAGCUGCGUCCCACUCUCAGAGCAAGCAAGUGAACACAGUGGAUGCCUCAAGACCCCUCCCAUCUCUGGAGUCUCCUCAACUCGAGUUUCUUACUCCGACUGAGGAGGUAGCUGCUCCUCUGAGACAAGAGGAGAUCCCACCACCGGAGCAAGCAGCAGAGAAGACAACAGAGAUUCAGUCUCUCCUGAAGAAGCCAACUGACCUUCCUGGACCUCUAAAAAAGACAACAGAUCCUCCAGAGCCAACACAACAGUCAGCAGAACUUUACAAACCAACACAGAGCACAAAAGUAGAGUUCACAGAAGAACCCAAAAACGGGGAGCUCCCAGAACCAACCAAGAAAGAAGAGGAGCCUCCAUAUGAGUUUCCAGAAGAAAAGCAGCCAGUAACUUCUCUGGAGGAAGCAGCUGAGAUCUUCAGACCAACAAAAAUACCAGAACAGAUCCCAGAACCAGUGAAAAAUGAGGUAGAAUUCCUGGAGCCGGCAAAGGAUGAGGAACCAGAACCAACAACAGAGACCAUUCAGCCAGAGAAGGAGUUGAUCAGUGAGCUGACAGAGGAACAAGUGGAAAAGCCAGUAGAGAUCCCACCUGUGGAGCCAUUUACAGUCCCAGCUGAGAAAACCACAGUGACAGAAACAAUCCAGGAGCCUGCUGAGGAGCUACAAGACAGCGGGCCCUCCCUCGCUGAGCAGGCAGAGAGAGGUCACCCUGCCCGACCCGCCUCUCCCCCAUCUCCUACCUUUGACCACCACCUCCUGCCCGCCUCGCCUCCUCACCUCCAAGAUACUUCAGAGAUCCCUACUCUUUCUCCCACACCCCCGGAGAGAGACACCCCUGAAGCUUUUCCGACUCCACCUGCGUCCCCUUGCCUUCCUCCUCCAGCUCCUGCAUCCCCUCCUGCACCUCCUACUCACCCCUGUGAGGACCUUCAGCCUGCUCCUGCACCCUGCCCUGUCCCUAUAAGGAGCUCAGACUCUGAUGGAGCUUUUGAAACCCCAGAAUCUACAACUCCAGUAAAGGCUGCUUCUCCCACUGAGCCUCAGAAAGAACAACUAACAUCUGAUGACAAAGUCACAGACAUCUCAGUCAAUAAUCCUGCCUCUGACUUGCCUACUGCUGAUCCACCAUCUCGCUCUCCAUCCAUUGCUUUUGAUGAGAACAAGCCCAUUGCUGCAAGUGGUACCUAUAACAUCGACUAUUUUGCUACAGAGCCAGCAAGUCACACUCUGACCCGCUCCCUCAGCCUCCAAGGAGGUGAACUAGAUACUUCUAGUCUGUUGGAUGGAUCAGUGUCGGGAGGUUUCCGUCCACAUUCUGAAUCCUUCAGCGUCGGCACUGAGAGUGCCCCGGGAACACUCCAUAGGCCCAAGAAAGUCCGUCCUGGGUCUGUAAAGAAGAAACCUCUCCUCAGACAGAACUCCAACCCAGAGAGCCCAAGGCCUGCCUCAUCCAGCAGCACCCCAGAAAUCAAGAAGCGGGCAAAGCCUCGUACUGCCAGCCCUCUCCAAGCCCAAGAGGAAACCGAAGGUGGCUCUGCCACACCGAGCCCUGGAGGAACUCUCCGAAGAACCAGAAAGAACCGUGUGGUGACUCCUCCACCUCUGCCAGAGGAAACCAGUAGCAUCAGUCAAGCCAGCCAAGAGAAGAGUCUUGUCGUCCCUGCCUUACCUUUGUGCCAGGAGGAGAUCCCUCCCCCUGGUAAUCUAACGGGCAACGACGAAUCCCCCAUUCCUCCUAGUGCCUCCUACAAAUGGGACCCAGAAAAUUUUGACAACAUUAACCCUUUUAAGACUGGAGGUAGUAAGAUUGCCAACUCCCCUGUCCUGGGUCGCAAAGAUCCGGUCUGUGUCCCCAUUUCCACCCCUUCAGAGAGUCCUCCUCUCCCUGCUGUGGAAGCACAUUGCUCCAGUCCCCCGGCUGCACGUAAAGAGCCAAUCACCAACCCAGAGGAACAACCUAUUCUACCCAAACGUCAGCCAGUAAGACUGGAGUUUGAUUACUCGGAGGAGAGCUGUGAGGCACCACAUCAAGCCUCUCCUCCACUUAAGAAAGUGGGUAAGAAGCCAGGUGCCAAGAUGCCUCUGAGGAAACCAAAGCUGGGCCUGAAAAAGGCACCUCCAGCACAGACAGAGCAGCUGGACAACAACCCUCCGGCAACCCACAACGGCAAUGAGGAUGAAAUCCCUAUACCUAAAGUAUCUUACAACUUUGAACCUGACAAGUGGGAGGAUCCAAACUUCAAUCCGUUUACUUCAAAGAAAGGUAUCGCCAACUCCCCCAAACUAUCCAGGCCAUCUUAUGACUUUGACCCAAACAACUUUGAUGACUCCAUAGACCCUUUCAAAUCCUCCAACAAGAUGGCCAACUCCCCUCCCAAGGCAUCAGCCUCCUUUGAGGUCUCAUCCAAUGACUAUAAUGAUAAUGAAAAUGACAGUGACAACAUUGGCGAACUGGAGGAUCAAAACCAGAACAAACCUUCCAAGAAGAAGAAAACUCCCAUCAAAUCGAAGUCCAGGGGUGUGUCCUCUCUAUGUUGUCUGUUUAAUACUUUCAGAGUGAAGAGGUCACCAAAGAAAUCACCAAUGUCUGACCCAUCACAGGAUCCGACGCCUGCAGAGGAACCUUCCUCCCAUCAUACACAGGAUGACCAUGCCACGGACGAGGAGAAGCUGGCCUCCUCCACCAGUCACAAGUGGGCCGCCCUGCACGAUAUGGAUGCGGAUUUAAACUCUGACCAGCAAGAAUUUCCUCAGCCAUGUGACCUUACAUCCUUUGUUAAUGAGAACAGUCUUCCUCAGGAGACUCCAGUGCAAGACUAUGAAAUUGAGUACAUGGAGAAGAUUGGCUCCUCUUCCCCACCACUGUCUGUGAAGAAGCCAUCUUUGUACUUGAAGUUAGACUCAGUAUCUGACAACUUAACCAAAAAUUCAUGCGCACAUGGAUCUGAGCCCAGCUCCCCCUGCACAGGGAGUUUUGAGGAGAUGGAGGCCCAGAUAACAGCCGGUAUGAAGACGCCGGUGUUGAGUCCACGGCCUGGUCCAGAGGGCUCCGCUGGGGACAAAGGCAGGAAGAGAGAAAGCGAAGCCCUCAGCCGAACGCAGAGCACAGAGAGGGAUGAGCAGCCCCAUAGCCAGGGCCCGGUGGAGGCCCCUGCUCCAGCCCUGGCCAUGCCCCUGUUAGACAGGCUGUCUGAGUGUGACGACCCCCUGCAGUACCUGGAGCCCGACCUGGCUGAGACCAACCCCACUGCAUUCGCCCAAAAACUCCAGGAGGAGCUGGUGCUCGCUGCCCUGAGGAUAGAGGCUCUGCAGGUAGCCAAAAACAUCUCUCAGUGCCCCUCCCUCUCCACUGUAACCCCCCAGUCUCGACUCAAGAAACCCAGCACUCGGCGUUGGAAUAUCAACGGUUCACCCUUAUUCAAACACAGAGAUACGGCAUCUUCAGUAGAGAGCGCUGUGUCCAAGAAUUCACUGUACGCCAGGAACACCACCAACACCAACUACAUCGAAGGGGAGAGUCCCCACCUACCCAGAGAACUGGACCACUCUUUGGGAAUUGCGCGAGAGGAGAUUGUGUCAAAGGAGAAAGAGGUGCUGGAGUGGCAGAAGAAGUAUGAAGACAGUCGACAGGAAGUGGUGGAGAUGAGGAGAAUUGUUGCUGAGUAUGAGAAGACGAUUGCCCAGAUGAUAGAGGAUGACCAGAAAGAGAAAUCUCUCUCCCACCACACCAUCCAGCAGCUGAUCAUGGAGAAGGACCAGGCCCUGGCUGACCUCAACUCCGUGGAGAAGUCUCUGGCCGACCUCUUCCGUCGUUAUGAGAAGAUGAAAGACGUGCUGGAGGGCUUCCGCAAGAACGAAGACGUAUUGAAGAAGUGCGCUCAGGAGUAUCUGUCCAGGGUGCGCAAGGAGGAGCAGCGAUAUCAAGCCCUGAAGAUUCAUGCAGAGGAGAAAUUAGACAAGGCCAAUUCAGAGAUAGCUCAGGUGCGGGCCAAGGCCAAGCAGGAGCAAGCUGCCUACCAGGCCAGUCUGAGGAAGGAGCAGAUGAAGGUGGACUCUCUGGAGCGCACUUUGGAGCAAAAGAACAAAGAGAUCGAGGAGCUGACAAAGAUCUGUGAUGAGUUGAUCGCCAAGAUGGGGAAGAGUUAGCAGCCACACCACAUCCUUGCCAAAUCUCACAGAUAAAAAGAGUGCUUCUUCAAAUGAAUCACUCCUCCAAGAACUGAUUGACAUCUAAGGCCAAAGUGGUCUUGGGCUUUUAUUUCCUACUGACUUUGUGUAUACAGGAUCCACAGGAAUGGCUUCCUCUUAAAUUAAUCUGUACAUUUUUGAUGUGUCAGUGUAUCGUGCUGUAUCGGGGGUCUGGUUUAAAGUUUUAGAAAAUUUAUCAUAUCAUUAAUGAGUGUGUGUGCACGUGUGUGCGUGAGAAUGCGUGUAUGAUAACGAGAAAGUGCAAGCAUUGUUCGUGGGUUAAAUUAUCUAUUAUGAUGUUGCCAUGACAGCCACUGAGGGAGAAGACUGUUUACCCACUCCUGUUAUUGUCUCCUGUUAAUACCAGAGAAAGAUAGACCAGAUGCUUAGAUUUAUUCAUAAAAUGUCGAUACACCAAGAGAACACAAACUAUCACAAUAGCUUCUUGCAUGUGAGAGAGAAAGAAAAACUUUUAAUGUUAACGUUUGUAUAUACUGUAGGAUAUUCCAAAUAUGAAAAAAACUCAUCUGCAUUUUUGAUAGUUAUUCUGUCACCCUCCACCCGCUUCCCUCACGUAACCUUGUAGAUAUUUGUCAUACUUGUCAUAGCUUUUUUCGAUGAAAUCGUGGAACUUUAUUUUUUGGAUUUUAUUUUGAUAUAAAGCAAACUAAUCGUGACUGUAUUCAGUUGUGACCAGGAGUAAUUUAAUUUUGGAUGGAUAUGUCCUAGUCCUGCAAUGGUCGUUUGUCACACUGAGGGAUAACUUCUCUGCACAGCUACUGUACAGCAUCUGCUUACAAAGUGCAAUAAAAGAUGGCAAUACA